AUAUAAAUAUAUCCCACUUCACCAACUCAAUUUUCUCUUCAUCAGCAUCUAUUCUAUUCUACUAUUCUGGAAUACCGACAAAAUGCACACCCUCGCCCUAUUCACCCUGCUGGCGACGGCAGCAGCAGCAGCAACUACAAAAACCCUCUAUGCAACGCACUACAACGGCACCGUGUACACUCUCUCGCUCAAUCUUGAGGACAAGAACCCCGAUAAUGCGCUCAGCGUAUCCUCCGGAAAGGACACCUGCGGUGAUAUGCCCAGCUGGCUCAGCCUAGACCGCUCAGCGGGCGUCCUCUACUGCUCCGAUGAGGGCGGCAACGCAACGGUCCCGGGCUCACUUACCGUGCUAUCCACUGCAUCGCAAGGAACAGUGGAAGAAAUCGUGAAAGUAGAGGACGUCGGCGCGGGCGUUAACAGUGCCUUCUACGGUGGUGAGAGCGGCGCCGAGUAUCUCGCCGUUGCGCAUUACGGCGCCUCUGCCCUAACAACCUUUCCCCUCCCCCUAACCCCCGCCACAACCCCCCUCCAAACUCUCUCCUACAACCUAACCGACCGCCCCGCGCCCAAACCCCAACAAGACGCCUCGCACCCGCACCAGGUCCUCCUCGACCCAAGCGGGGAAUUUCUUAUCUCCCCGGACCUCGGCAUGGAUCUCAUCCAUGUGUACACUGUGAAUGCGUCGAACGGGCGGUUGGAUGAGGGUAGGGGUGUGGAGUUCCCGGCAGGGAGUGGGCCGAGACAUGGUUUUUUUACUUCUGAGGGAGGGGAGACGAGGUUGUAUACUGUUAGCGAGUUGAGUGGUGAACUUACCGUUUUCGAUGUGAGCUAUUCGACAUACUGGUGUCCGACUUUCCACAAGAUUCAAUCGAUCAUUCCUUAUCCGAAUGGGACUCUGCCCUCUGACGCGACACCGGCUGGUAUCCAGAUUAGGGAGGGCAAUAUCUACAUCUCGCUCCGCAGCGACCAGUCGUACCCGGGCAUUGAAUCCGAUUCCAUCGCGACGCUCUUCAUUAACAGCGACGGCACGGCGACGUUCCACAGUCUGACCCCCUCAUAUGGCAAGGUGCCAAGGACGUUGGUUGUUAAUGACACCGGAGAUCUGGUGGCGAUUGGGAACCAGGCGAGUGCAAGUGUGGUUGUUGUGCGGAGGUUGGAAAGUGGGGAGUUGGGGGAGGUUGUUGGACGGGUGCUUGUUGGGGAGACGGGGGCGGUUGGAGAAGAGGAGGGGUUGAGUAGUGUUGUUUGGGGAUAAACGUGUUCAAGGGAGAGAUGGAUGGGUGGUGAAGAAAGUGGAUUGAAGUAUUGACAUUGACAGAACCGGCCGGAAUGCAAACAUGCGGUAUCAACAACAGGAAAUAAGAAUGUAAAUGAACAUGAAUAUAAACAGAACAUGCAAGCCCAUGACAAACGUGUAUAGUCUUUUUUUUUUUUUUUUUUUUUUUUUUUUUUUUU